AUGACAAGCCACUCCAGACCAGUUGCAACGACUCCAUCUCCUUUUUCCUUCUCUUCUAAGAACAGCAGCACAGAGCAAGUGCAGCCACACCUCUCUGGGGCUUACAUCCGGAGCCUUGUGAAGCAGCUGAGCUCCUCAUCAUCCACGGCAAGAUCCAGAGCCCAAUACCUCAACACCAUGACCAGUGCCACACCACUUGAUCAUCAGCAGCAGCCACAGCGAGAGCAAGAGCAAGCACCACCGAAGCCACGGGUCAAGAAGCAGGUGAGGAGGAGGAUACACACGACCAGGCCGUACCAGGAGAGGCUGCUCAACAUGGCGGAGGCGAGGCGGGAGAUCGUCGCCGCCCUCAGGAUCCACCGGGCCAACAUGCGGCAGCAAUCCGAAGAUCGGGAGGAGCAGCCGCAGCCACAACCGUACUUGCAGCUGCAUCAACAACAGCAGCAGCAAGUGCAAGUGAUGUUGCAAGAGCAAAACCAAGCAGUUGAACUUGAAGGAGUGCCUGUGGCUAUGGGAUAUGUCUCCUUCUGCAAUCACUUGUGCAGCUCCCCACUUGCACAUCUGAUUGCUUCUGCCCCUGAUGGUAGCUACUCGCCAUCCAUGCUCCCUUAUGAUGAUCUCACACAACCUGAAGUGCCAGCUGCCAUUGGUGGCUUGGAGUGCCAUGUCUUAGAGAACUUGGCUUGCAACUUUCCUGCACAGCCACUAGGGCUGAACCUUAGCUUGCAAGGCUUUGGUGGCUCUCUUGAUGAUGCCAAGAACAGUGACGAUCUGUUUGGCGUUCCUUUGAUCCAAUCAUCAUCGCCUGCCUCGUCUUAUUCGGCGUACCCAUCUUCGGUGACGGCGAUGGCGAGCGCUCAUGGAUCACCGGCGUUCUGCACGGCGGAGAACGCAUCGUCGGUCGGUGCAACGGCGCCGCUGAGCCCGGUGCUGGACGACGGGGAGAAGCACUACUUGAUCGGCGAGAGGCACGGCAUGGAGAUGGAGUGGAGAGAGACGGCCGCGAACGUGGCCGCCGCCGCGUCGGCGUGGUGGAGCAAGAUCCUGGAGAACAUGGAGAGCGGCGGUGGAGAGAGCACGGGGGCCCGGAUGGAUCAGGUUGGCGCGGUUGGCAUGGCGGAUGACGACGGGGUGGUGGCCGGCUUUCCGGAGUGGUUGUGCGACGGCGUUGGCGAGCAAGGGGUUACCGGGGCCAAGCUGGACGCCUGGGAGAUGCAUGUCGACGACGGCGACUACAACUGCUGCUACCGAGGGGAUCACAGCGACGACCGCGAUGACAUCGCCUUGCCGUGGUAUGACAUGAACUUGCAGUGGCUUUAA